AUGAGUUGUUUGUUUAUUCAAGAAAAAGCAUCAAGUGAAAUGUAUUUUUGGUCAUUCUUUUUGAUCGGUGCACUAAUCCUUGGUUUACGUGGUGAUAAUGUAAUCAAAACACUGGUACAAGUUCCUACAGAUCAAUGGGAUCUCAUGCACGAUGUAGCAGAGAAGAGUACCACCACGUUGGUAAGGUUGAUUGUUGUCACAAGAAACAACGAAAAAGAAGUAGAACGGCUAAAAAAAGAAUUUGAACAAAUAACAGAUCCGACACAUCACUCGUAUGGGAACUACGUGAGUUAUGACGAGAUACAUGAAAUGAUAUUGCCUGAGACAGAAAAAAAUGGUAAAGCUAUUGAGCAAUGGGCAAAGAAGUAUCCAGUUCGAGUAGCACCCACAGCAAAUAAAGAGUUUAUCGUCAUCGAAGCAACAGCCGACGAAAUUGAACGUAUGUUCCAAACAAAACUCCACACUUAUCGACACAAAAUGACUGGUCAGAGAACACUGAGAGCAACAGAAUAUCAAUUGGCAGAGAUCAUUCAUCAUCGCAUCGCUUACAUUGAAGGUUUAACUCGGUUUCCUGCUAUUAGUAACAGAAAUGAGAAGAAAACGUUUGUACCAAUAUCAACUGAAAAGGCGAAGUCCAAUGCUCCGAUCAUCUUUCGUAUAUCCAGUGGUUUUUCAAAAUUUCUAAUUUACAUUCAAUUAAUUUGUGCUGAUGGUAAGCAGGCAUCAAAUUCCUUAUGUAGUAACGACUUUAAAGGCUUCGUAAUUGAACUUCGGCAAGACAAGAACAAGAAAUUAGUCACACGUGAAGUACCUAUAGCAGAUACAAACUGUCAAGUUUGCAGAAAAGCUACGGCAAUCAAUGCGGAAUAUUGUACUGUUUUUAAUUUGGACAACGACAGUGUCCUAUGUCGAUUCUUCUUGAACAAUGAAACAGAUAUCGGUAAUUACGAGGCAUACCAAAUCACUAUUCGAUCUAUAUUCAAGACCAAAUAUUCGGAUAAAGCUGCGUAUCCAUCGCCAACAGAAAAAGUGACUACUGUCACACCUAAUGUAUUGUUGUCUCUGUACAAUGUAGAUGAUAAUAAAAACGAAAUACGAAAUGUAAAUAGUCGACAAGCUAUAGCCGGCUUUCAAGAAUAUCUAAAUCUGAAUUCGUUCAAAUCGUUCGCCCGCACAUAUGGUAAAAAGUUUUCUCUCACCCUCGGAAAAAUAUAUGGUCGUGAUUAUAGAAACAAAACAUACGAUGAAGGCGAGACUUCACUAGAUUUACAAUACAUGUCUGCUAUGGGCUCCAGAAUACCCACAGAUUACAUAUCAUCACCGUCUAAUUUCGAUGGCUUUUUAAUCGACUUUUUUGUUCAAUUAGCUAUUCUCGAACACAACAAAAACAACAUUGUACCACUCGUUUAUUCGAUUUCUUAUGCUGCUGACGAAGGUGAACAAGGACAAACGUAUGUUGACAUUUGUGAUACACAGUUCAUGAAACUCGGACUAACGGGCAAAAGUAUCCUUGUUUCAUCAUAA